CCCGCGCGGGCCUGGCCCUUCCAAACCGGCGCCCAAAGCUCCGGGUGGCCGCGGCACAGCCGGGAACCGAGCGCGCUGGGCGCGGCCGUCCCGCUGCGGCUGCCGGCGCGUGCGAGCCCUGAGUGCGCUCACGGCCAUGGUCCCCGCGGCGGCGACCGGCGCCUGAGCCCCGGGACUUGAGCACUGGAGGCGGGCGGCCCGCUGCGCGGGCGCAACGGAGAGGCCGACGGAAGGUGACCGCUGUGGGCUAUGGGAUGGAUGAGGUGGAGCAGAACCAGCAUGAGGCCCGACUCAAGGAGCUGUUUGACAGUUUUGACACAACAGGCACUGGGUCCCUGGGACAGGAAGAACUCACCGACCUUUGCCACAUGUUGAGCUUGGAGGAGGUGGCCCCGGUGCUGCAAGAGACGCUGUUUCAGGACAACCUCUUGGGCAGGGUGCAUUUUGACCAAUUUAAAGAAGCGUUAAUACUUGUCCUGUCUAGAACUCUGUCAAGUGAAGAACACUUUCAAGAACCAGACUGCCCACUAGAAGCUCAGCCCAAAUAUGUCAGAGGUGGGAAACGAUAUGGACGAAGAUCCUUACCGGAGUUUCAACAAUCUGUGGAGGAGUUUGCAGAGGUGACAGUGAUUGAGCCCCUAGAAGGAGAAGAAGCAAGGCCUUCACACAUCCCAGCCGGUGACUGCAGUGAGCACUGGAAGACACAGCGCAGUGAGGAGUACGAAGCAGAAGGCCAGCUAAGAUUUUGGAACCCAGAUGAUUUGACUGCAUCCCAAAGUGGGUCUUCCCCUCCCCAAGACUGGAUCGAAGAGAAACUGCAGGAGAUUUGUGAGGAUUUGGGGAUUUCCCGUGAUGGUCACCUGAACCAAAAGAAGCUGGUCUCCAUCUGUGAGCAGUAUGGUUUGCAGAACGUCAAUGGAGAGAUGCUUGAGGAAGUCUUCCAUAACCUUGAUCCUGAUGGUACAAUGAGUGUAGAAGAUUUUUUCUACGGCUUGUUCAAAAAUGGAAAAUCCCUUACACCAUCGGCAUCUACUCCAUAUAGGCAAUUGAAAAGGCAUCUUUCCAUGCAGUCUUUUGAUGAGAGUGGACGACGUACUACAACCCCAUCGGCGAUGACGAGCACCAUCGGCUUUCGGGUCUUCUCUUGCCUGGAUGAUGGGAUGGGAUACGCAGCAGUGGAGAGAAUACUGGACACCUGGCAGGAGGAGGGCAUUGAGAACAGCCAGGAGAUCCUGAAGGCCUUGGAUUUCAACCUUGAUGGAAACGUUAACUUGACAGAAUUAACACUGGCUCUUGAAAAUGAACUUUUGGUUACCAAGAACGGCAUUCACCAGGCAGCUCUGGCCAGCUUUAAAGCAGAAAUCCGUCAUUUGCUGGAGCGUGUUGACCAAGUGGUCAGAGAAAAAGAGAAGCUGCGGUCAGAUCUGGACAAAGCUGAGAAGCUCAAGUCUCUCAUGGCCUCAGAGGUGGACGAUCACCAUGCAGCAAUAGAGCGGCGGAAUGAGUACAACCUCAGGAAACUGGAUGAAGAGUACAAGGAGCGGAUAGCAGCCUUAAAGAAUGAACUCCGAAAGGAGAGAGAGCAGAUCAUGCAACAGGUGGGCAAGCAGCGCUUGGAGCUUGAGCAGGAAAUUGAGAAGGCAAAAACAGAAGAGAACUACAUCCGGGACCGUCUUGCCCUCUCCUUAAAGGAAAACAGUCGUCUAGAAAAUGAGCUUCUGGAAAAUGCAGAGAAGUUGGCAGAAUAUGAGAAUCUGACAAAAAAACUUCAACGAAAUUUGGAAAAUGUGUUAGCAGAAAAGUUUGGUGACCUCGAUCCCAGCAGUGCCGAAUUCUUUCUGCAAGAAGAAAGGUUGGCACAGAUGAGAAAUGAAUAUGAGCAGCAGUGCAGGGAAUUACAAGACCAGGUGGAUGAACUCCAGUCUGAGCUGGAAGAGUAUCGUACACAAGGCAAAGUUCUCAGACUUCCCUUGAAGAACUCGCUGGCGGAAGAACUUGAUGUUAACAGUGGUUGCCUUGAGCCUGACCAGGGCCUUGGUUCUGAAGAAUGUAAUCCAUUGAAUAUGAGCAUUGAGGCAGAGCUGGUCAUCGAACAGAUGAAAGAACAUCAUCACAGGGACUUGUGUCACCUAAGGCUGGAGCUCGAAGAUAAAGUGCACCAUUAUGAAAAGCAGCUAGAUGAAACCAAGGUGGCGUGUGAAAAGGAGCAGGAGAACAUGAAGCAAAAGUAUGAGAAUGAAGUGCAUAUCUUGGAAAAACAAAUAAGUGACCUUAAAAAUGAAAUCGCAGACCUUCAGGGCCAGGCAGUGGUGCUCCAGGAGGCUCAACAUGUGACUAACUGCAGGCAUGAGGAAGAGAAAAAACAACUGCAAAUGAAGUGGGAUGAGGAAAAGACUCUCCUGCAGGAGAAGCUGAGGCUGGAACAUGAGGCGGAGCUCAAGGCCAGACUGCAGCAGGCGGAGGAAACCUUCCACCGAGAGAAGGAAGGACUUCUCCAAAACGGUGCCAGGACAGAAGAGAAGGUGAGGGGCUUGACUCAGGAACUAGAGCAGUUUCACCAGGAGCAGCUGAAAAGCCUGGUGGAGAAGCACACUCUAGAGAAAGAGGAGUUGCGCAAAGAGCUCUUGGAAAAACACCAAAGGGAACUUCAAGAGGGAAGGGAAAAAAUGGAAACUGAGUGUAAUAGAAGAACCUGUCAGAUAGAAGCCCAGUUUCAGGCUGAUUGUCAGAAAGUCACUGAGAGAUACGAAAAGGCUCUGCAAAGCCUGGAGAGGCACUACCAUAAAGAGCUGAAGGAGCUCCUGGAACAACAGCAUGAGGAGAGAUCUCAGUGGGAGUUUGAGAAGGAUGAGCUCGCCCAGGAGUGUGCUGAAGCCCAGGAGCAGCUGAAAGAGACUCUCCAAAGAGAGAAAGCAACUUCCCUGGCCUUGACCCAGGAGAGAGAGAUGCUGGAGAAGACAUACAAGGAACACUUAAAUAGUAUGGUUGUUGAGAGAGAGCAGCUACUCAAAGACCUGGAAGAUCUAAGAAACGUGUCUGAAAGUCAGCAAAGCCUGCUGUCCAGCCAGAUACAUGAGCUGAAAAGCAGUCAUGAAAGAGAACUGCAGGACCACGAGCAGGUCCUGUGCCAGGCAGGCGUCUCCGAGCAGCUAGCCAACCAGCAGCUUGAAAGGCUAGAAAUGGAGCGUGACCAGGAGAGGCAGGAAAUGAUGUCCAAGCUUCUGGCCAUGGAGAGUGCCCACAAAGCGACCUGUGAAAAUGCAGAGCGAGACAGAGCCGAAAUGAGUGCAGAAAUCUCUCGGCUUCAGAAUAAAAUUAAGGAAAUGCAGCAGGUGGCGUCUCCUCCCCCCAGGCUUCAGAGUGGCUGCCAGGAGAUGGGAGGGGAGGAGGCAGAAGGAAGUGGAGCCAUGUCCCUGCUCCAGCAGGGAGAGCAGCUGUUGGAAGAGAACGGAGAUGUCCUUUUAAGCCUGCAGAGAGCUCACGAACAAGCAGUGAAGGAAAAUGUGAAAAUGGCCACUGAAAUUUCUAGACUGCAGCAGAGGUUGCAAAAGUUAGAGCCGGGGUCAGUGAUGUCGUCUUGUCUAGAGGAGCCAACUACUGGACUUUUUGGAAAGUCUGUGGAACAAACAGAGCCAUUUUUACUGCAAAACCGAAUGAAGCAAGUAGAAGGUGUAACCAGGCGGCACAUCCUAAGCGACCUGCAAGACGAUGAAGUCCAGGAUGUGGGAAGUACAGGGACUAGCUCUGUUCAGAGACAGGAGGUCAAAAUAGAGGAGUCUGAAGCAUCCAUAGAGAGUUUUUCCGAACUUGAAAACAGUGAGGAGACCAGGACUGAGACCUGGGACCUGAAGAAUCAGAUUUGUCAACUUCAGGAACAACUAAUGAUCUUACGUGCAGACUGCGAUAGAGCUUCUGAAAAGAAACAGGACCUACUUUUUGAUGUUUCUGUGCUAAAAAAGAAACUAAGUGUGCUUGAGAGAAUCCCUGAGGCUUCUUCCAAGUAUAAAUUGUUAUAUGAAGAUGCUAAUAGAGAAAAUGACUGUCUCCAGGAAGAGCUGAGAGUGUUGGAGACGCACUACGAUGAAGCCCUAGAAAACAACAAAGAACUCACUUCAGAAGUUUUCAGGUUACAGGAUGAGCUGAAGAAAGUGGAAGAAAUGACUGAAACAUUCCUUAGCCUGGAAAAGAGUUAUGAUGAGGUCAAAAGAGAAAACGAGGACCUGCAUGUGGUGGUUUUAAGACUUCAAGGCAAGAUUGAGAAGCUGCAAGAGGGAGCAGUGCCACAGUGUGACUGCUUCUCCUUAUGGGAAGCCCAUUUAAAGAACCUGGAUGGCAACGCUGAUGAAAAUGUACUUCUACUAAAUCAGACACUGGGAGAGUGUGUGCCAGAGGUUAUGAACAUACACCAAGUUAUAGAAGAGCAUUAUCAAGAAAACCGGUACCUUGAGCAGGAGAAUACACAGAUUUUAGAAAAAGUAAAAGCACGUGAGAUUGCCUGGCUGCGCAGGACAAUCCGGACACACGGAGAAAAGGCUGGAGAACAGAACCAAGUCAUACUAGAGGAAAACACUGCUCUUAUAGGCCUUCAAGACAAACAUUUUCAGCGUCAGGCCAUGAUAGCAGAGUUAGAACUGGAGAAACAAAAGCUGCAGGAGCUGACUAGAAAGUUGAGGGAGAAAGUCACUAAUUUAAUUAAGCAAAAAGAUGUGUCUUCUCAAGGAGGAAAGGAGGAAGAGCUGAAGGCAAUGAUGCAUGACUUGCAAAACACGUGCAGUGAGAUGCAGCAAAAAGUUGAACUGCUGAGAUAUGAAUCUGAGAAGCUUCAAGAGGAAAAUUCUAUUUUGAGAAAUGAAAUUACUACUCUAAAUGAAGAAGAUAGCAUUUCUAACCUGCAAUUGGAGAAAUUAAAUGGAUCUCAGGAAGAAAUGUGGCAAUAUAUAGAAACUGUAAAACAGGAAAAAGCCACAGUUCAGAAGAUGAUUGAAAAUUUAAAGAAACAGAUUUCAGAAUUAGAAACCAAAAACCAACAGUUGGAUUUGGAAAAUACGGAACUUAGCCAAAAGAAUUCUCAAAAUCAGAAAGAACUGCAAGAACUUAAUCAACGUCUGGCAGAAGUACUGUGCCAGAAGAAGGAGCCAGGACGCAGCACAUUUGAGGAAUGGGGAGAAGAAAAGUCUAAUCUGAAAGAGGAACUGGAACACUGUGAAGUGCAGUCCUCCACUUUAGUGUCUUCUCUGGAAGCAGAACUUUCUGAAGUUAAAAUACAGGCUCAUAUUGUGGAACAGGAAAACCUCCUUCUCAAAGAUGAACUGGAGAAAAUGAAACAACUGCACAGGUGUCCUGAUCUCUCUGACUUCCAGCAAAAAAUUUCUAGUGUUCUAAGCUACAAUGAAAAACUGCAGAAAGAGAAGGAAGUUCUAAGCGAAGAAUUAAAUAGCUGUAUUGAUAAGUCAUUGGCAAAAUCAAGUCUUUUAGAGCACAGAAUUGCUACUAUGAAGCAGGAACAGAAGUCUUGGGAACAGCAGAAUGAAAGUUUAAAGUUGCAGCUAGUGGCUUCACAGGAGAAGGUUCAGAGUUUAGAGGACACCCUGCAGAAUGUAAACCUGCAAAUGUCCCGGAUUAAAUCCGACCUACGAGUGACUCAGCAGGAAAAGGAGGCUUUAAAACAAGAAGUGAUGUCUUUACAUAAGCAACUUCACAAUGCUGGGGACAAGAACUGGGCCCCAGAAGUAGCCACCCAUCCAUCAGGAUUCCAUAGUCAGCAGCAACGGCUGUCUUGGGACAAAUUGGAUCAUCUGAGGAAUGAGGAACAACAGCUGCUUUGGCAAGAGAAUGAGAGACUCCAAAGUGUGGUGCAAAACACCAAGGCGGAACUCUCGCACUCCCAGGAGAAGGUCCGUCAACUGGAAUCCAACCUUCUACACACCAAGCACCAAAAACAUAUAAACUCAUCAGGUACUGUGAAGCCCACCGAGCAGGAGAAGUUGAGCUUAAAGAGAGAGUGUGAACAGUUUCAAAAGGAAAGAUCCCCUACAAAUAGAAAGGUCAGUCAAAUGAAUUCCCUUGAACAAGAAUUAGAAACAAUUCAUUUAGAAACUGAAGGCCUGAAAAAGAAACAAGUAAAACUGGAUGAGCAGCUAAUGGAGAUGCAGCACCUGAGGUCCACUGUGAUGCUUAGCCCAUCCCCCCACACCUGGGAUCUGCAGCUGCUCCAGCAGCAAGCCUGUCCGAUGGUGCCCAGGGAGCAGUUUCUGCAGCUUCAACACCAGCUCCUGCAGGCCGAAAGGGUAAACCAGCACCGGCGGGAGGAACCUGAAAACAGAACCUCGGAAACCAACACACCACAGGAAAACCAGGAACAACUGGUAACUGUCAUGGAGGAACGAAUGAUAGAAGUUGAACAGAAAUUGAAACUGGUGAAAAGGCUUCUUCAGGAAAAAGUGAAUCAGCUCAAAGAACAACUCUGCAAGAAUACUAACACAGACGCAACGGCGAAGGGUUUGUAUGUCGAAAAUGCCCAGUUGUUGAAAGCUCUGGAAAUGACUGAACAGCGACAAAAAACAGCCGAGAAGAAAAAUUACCUCCUAGAGGAGAAGAUUGCCAGCCUUAGCAAUAUAGUCAGGAAUCUGACACCAGCACCAUUGACUUCUACACCUCCCUUGAGGUCAUAGCAAAGCCAAAGGAUACACUCAUGUUUGUGCACUUUACUGAAAUGGAUGGAACAUUUCAGUAGGUUCUGUCAACAUUUUUUUAUUAUUAUUAUUACUAAUUUAAAAAACCUUUCAUGGCUUCAAGUUAAGCCUAUCUUAAAACUGCCAGCAACAGAACUGAAGUCUCCAUUCACUGUAAUGAGUUUUUUCCUAAAUUGACUCUAAUGGGAGUUGCAAACAGUCACAUAUUUCAGUUUGAAGUAUUUCCAACUUCUGAAUUUUUAAGAGAAUUCUAAUGGCCACCAAGAAGGUAGAUAUUGAAAACAGUUCAAGAAUCUUAAAACACCAAUUCUGAAUGAGUUUUUUUAAAU